AUGCGUCUCUCGCUUUCUUUUACAGUCUUGCUUGCUUCCCUCACCCGCGUCCUCGCUGCCGCUGAGUCGGACGUGCUCGACUUGACGGCGACAAACUUCGAGUCGGUCGUCAAUCCGGCAGAUCUCAUUCUCGUCGAGUUCUUUGCCCCAUGGUGCGGCCACUGCAAGAACCUCGCGCCUCAGUAUGAAGAGGCUGCCACCACUCUCAAGGCGAAGAAUAUCCCGCUCGCAAAGGUUGACUGUGUUGACCAAUCUGAGCUCUGCCAAACCCAUGGCGUCUCUGGCUACCCGACCCUCAAGGUCUUCCGCAAGGGUACUCCCACCGACUACCAGGGCCCUCGUAAGGCUGAUGGCAUCGUCAGCUACAUGGUCAAGCAAUCUCUUCCUGCCGUUACCAACGUCAAGGCUGCAGAUCACGCCGAGUUCAUCAAGGCCGACAGGGUCGUUGCUGUCCUCUAUGUCAACGAAGAGGAGGAGCCUCCGGCACCCAACUUCGUGAAGACGGCUGAGAAGCACCGCGAUGACUACUUGUUCGGUAUGGUCACGGACGCAGAAGUCGCCAAGGCUGCUGGUGUCACCCCUCCGGCUUUGGUCGUCUAUAAGAAGUUCGACGAUGGUCGCGUCGACUAUCCUUCGGCAACCGUCUCCUCUGUCACAGACGCCAAGUUGGUCAGCUGGUUGAAGGAGAACUCCGUCCCACUCCUCGACGAGGUUUCGGGUGAAAACUACAGCCUCUACGCCGAGAGCGGUCUCCCAUUGGCCUAUGUCUUUGUGGACCCGUCCGCAGAGGGCAAGGAUGCGUUUGUCGAGACGUUCAAGCCCCUCGCCAAGUCGUACAAGGGCAAGAUCAACUUUGUCUGGAUCGAUGCCAUCAAGUUUGGCGAGCACGCAAAGAUGAUGAACCUCCAAGAGGCCAAGUGGCCCUCGUUUGUCAUCCAGGAUAUCGAGAAGCAGCUCAAGUGGCCAUUCGACCAGAGCAAGGAGCUUACCAUCGAAGAGGUCGCUCACUUUGUCAAGGCUUACUCCGAGGGCCGCAUCGCGCCUUCGUUGAAGAGCCAGCCUAUCCCGGAGACCCAAGACGAGCCCGUCUUCACCUUGGUGACCAAGGAAUUCGACCAGGUCGUUUUCGACGAGUCGAAGGACGUCUUCGUCGAGUUCUACGCUCCCUGGUGUGGUCACUGCAAGCGUCUCAAGCCAACUUGGGAUCAGCUCGGUGAGAAGUACGCCGCGGUCAAGGACAAGCUCGUGAUCGCCAAGAUGGACGCCACCGAAAACGACAUUCCUCCUUCGGCACCCUUCCGUGUCGCUGGCUUCCCGACUCUCAAGUUCAAGCCAGCCGGUGGUCGCGAGUUUAUCGACUAUGAGGGUGACCGCUCGUUUGAAUCGCUCGUCGAGUUUGUCGAGAAGAACGCUAAGAACUCGUUGAAUGUUCCAGCUCAGGAUACUGCUGCUGCUGCGAGCACACCCGUCGCCGCCGAGACUCCAGUCGCCACCCAGGACACGCAAGGGCAGACCCACGUCGAGCUCUAA